UCUGUGAAAGAGAUACCUCCUAAAUAAUGUGAAAAUUUGUUUGAGAUUGUGUCGCUUCUUGCAUGACAACGUGCUUGCUUUCUGUUCGGGCAACAGUUUACAACAUUUGUGCAGAAUAUGGAUAUCUUUUUGUACCCGUAUUGAUGUGUUAAUAUCUGCUGAGUGAAUGAAUGGAAAGAAGUCAAAUUCAUAGCUUGAGCAUCGGGGUGCCUUGCAAGGCCCAAAAGGUAACAGCCAGUGGUAAUAAGGGUUGAAAUGAAGGGCUGAAACAACUGAAUUGCGCAUAAAGACUGGACUUGGCACAGAUUCAGACAAGUUUGCACAAUGAUGGAAGAAACAAUGACGGCCAUUACUGAUGAGAGUUACGAGUAUGAUAGUUUUGAUGACCAGAACUACGAAAGGCCAGCCGAGCGCUGGGCUCCAUUGGGAGCUGCGGCUACUAGUCCCGCACCUUCCCAUGGAGAAGGAAGCAUGGAGGAGGCUGACCAGCUACAGAAGCUGGAAGAGGAACAGGAAAUGCUCAACUCUUCCCUUAUGGCACUCACCAGUCACUUUGCUCAGGUCCAGUUCAGGUUGAAACAGAUUGUCGAUGCUGAGCCAGAGGAUAAAGAGGCAUUGCUGAAGGACUUGGAGGAGUUUGCAUUUAAAGGCAUCCCUGAUAUGCGUAAAUGUCAGCUGGAUACAGAGGAGCUGAAGAAAGAACUGACUGAACAAGAGCAUGAGAGUAAGAUAUCACAACAGAGAGAGAAGCAAAAGGAACUGAUUGGGCAGUUGAAGACACAGUUAGAAGAUCUGGAGCUGUAUGCAUAUGAGACAGGAGAAGCUGAACUGCCAACCAGCAAAGUCAUGGAGAAACAACGAGUGAUCAUUGAUGAGCUCAAACACAAGAUGGACUUGGAUCUUCAACAUUUCGAAAAACUCAGCCCAGAAGAGUUACGACAGAUUGUGGACCAUGCAGUAAGCCAGAUAAUUAACCCUGGCAAGGUGAAAGAGAAAUUGGUGGAACAGUUGAAAACUCAGAUCAUUGAUUUGGAGAGAUUCAUACAGUUUUUACAGGGUGAGGCAACUAGCCCUGGCCCCCUGGGAAAGGACCGAUGUGCCUGUGGUCAUGGGAGGAGUGCACGUCAAAUGGCUGGGUACUGUACAGAGGGAACGCAUAAACAUAAGUCCUCCAAAUCUCACCCUAAUGAGUCCGGUAGCUUACAUCACCAGACUAUGUCCAUCAUGAAGAAGGCCUUAGCCAUCCUUCAGAUCUUUGCUAUCAGUCAGCUUGGCUGUGGCGGGCGGGAGUUUCAGAGAAACCUGAUGAAGAGGACAGCCAAGGGAAACCAUUGGGGGGAUCUAAGGGCUAAGCUGGAGAUGGCAGUGGACUCAGUGCUGAGGAUUGCCAAAGAGCAGGACCAGACCCCAUCAGAGAGUGACUACACCAGUGAUUCAGAAGAGGGCCCAACAGAGGUGUGUGACCCUGUGUUAACCCAGGCUGUGAGGAGAGACCUAGCCAUGGCAAUUAAGGAUCUCAUGCAGCAUGGACUGAUGGAGAUUGGACAGAGCAAUACCCUUGUCCCAUUUGGCUGUUUCCCAUCUCGGUCAGCAAAGACAACAAAGAUGAUGCAUGCCUGGGAUCUGCUUCUCAAGUACUAUGACAUGAAGCAUGGUAGAGAAUACAACGAGUCUCCAGCCCGUAAAUUGUCUCAGUCUUUUCACCUGGACAUUGUUGGUGGUAAACCAAUCACAGCCAAGCAGACCAUGCUAGGGACAAUCGGCAGUGUGGUCACCUCACAUACACCACUCAAGAGGAGUGAGGAUUCACAGUUCAAGGCUUUCGUCUGUGCAGCUUUGAAUGAGAAGAAGCUGGUGACGUGGCUUCGACUGCUUUACAGAACCCAGUCUAUCAUAGACUUUUACUAUCAGGACUGGAGCUACGCGGCUAGGACAGGUUUUGAAGAUGCCUUGAAGACAUUGGACAAGCUGAAUGCAGUUACAUUCAAACUUCCCGUGGAUUUGGCAGUUCGACAGUUCAGCAACAUUAAAGAUGCCUUCUAGAGUAGAAGCAGAUUUGCCAUUGGCAGUUACUUAACUCUGUGAAAGGGCCUGGCACUUUGUUAUCUGUUAAGUUUGGCUGUGUCAUGUCAGAGUUGCCCUCCAUCAGUGCACACAUUGUCCCGUGUAGUCUGUGCGUCAUACUGACUGUCGUCUACCUUAACUUAAUGAUAGCAGGGUUCUACUUAAGCAAACAUAAGCAAUGCCAUUCAAAGUGCAGGGCAAAACUAUCUUCAUUUAUGUUGUUAGAAAUAUUGCUGCACCAUUAAAAACAUUCAUAAUAGGAUAAAAUAUGGUGGUCUUUUCACACCAUAAGAAUAAAUUGUCUACUGAGCAUUUUCAAAAAUAGAUAUUUUCUCUGAUAAACUAUCUUAGGAUCAUUUUAAUGGACUUUCAGGUGCUUAGAAUAAUGUAUAAACAUUUAGAAAAUAUCAUCUCAAAAACCUACCUUACAUACCAGCAUAGCGAUUGCUUUGGUGGCAUUUCUGGACCCAUUUGUCUGAUGCAUGUUAUGAGUCUCAUAUUAUAUUUGACUGUACAAAGCAAGUGAUCAGUGUUCAAAGACUGAUCACAAAGUUCAGAGAUGCAUUAUACUAAGUGUGUCCUAGCACAAUCUUUCUAUGACUUGUUUCAGACAUGACUUGUUACUUGUUACUCGUACUAGGUCAGGAUAUUAAACCUUUGCUAGCAUUGAUAACAAUAGCACACAGUGAUAUUUUGACUGACAUCUUGACUGCUGCUCCAUUAUAAGUAUGAUACGAAUCUUAUAUUAUAGGUUUGUAUCAUGCAUUAAUAGGCUUAUAUCAUGCAUUAACUUAAGUCACAUAUUAUCCAGAGAUUACUUACCUGUGAUGCAAGAGCUGGGGUAUCUUUCUGGGCAUACACUGUAAAUCUACAUUUAUAUCUGCAUCUUUUGAAUAUUUUGGGAAAAGAUACAGGUACAUGGAUGUAAUUGUUUUUUAAUUGAGAAGUGUUUUCAGCUGUUUGUAACCCUAUGUUGAUGCAUUAUAUUUAUAUGCUAAUAGCAUAAAGGCAGUGCUCAACAAUGAGGGUGUAUUCUUAACCAACAUUCCACUCCUUACUUAACAGGUGUUUAUUUACAUCCUUUAGGUUUAUCACUACAAGAUGCGAGUAUGCUGUAAACUUUAAUAAACUUCUGUUGCUAUUUUUCUGUUAUCAAGGACCAACAAGUAAUAGGUAAUCCAAUAUAAAAUAAGUGUUCCUGAUGUGUUUGGAAGGUAUGUACACCUUUAACGCAUUAAUUGAAAGGUUGGUUAAUUCCUUAGUCUGUUUGUACCACGUAGUUCACAACAAUCCAGUCCAAUCCUGCAGAGAUGCCAUAGUUGUUAUGCUAACAAAGCUACUUUCUGAUAGUUUAGGUGAUUCUUUGUCUAUCCUAUGGUGAUAUCAAACAGUAACAGCAUCAGUCAUCUCGUGGAGUAAAUCACUUUCUGAUUUCUUUUGUGUCACAAAUAUAAAUUUCUUAAAUACGGUUGUUAAAUGACUGGUUACAGAUACAUUCAUAACAGCAGAGGUACUUACAUAUAUAAUUAGAUGGAUUUGGCAUAGGAAAUGUGUUGAAGAACUUACCAUUCUGUCUUCCUUUACUGUUGAUGUAUAUGGUAGCCUUGGUUGUGUGAACGCUAAAGUGUUCCUUAUUAUUCAUGUAUAUUAUACAAUAAUAUGUUGUAUAAUGUUUAGAUUAUGGAUGGUAUUUGACAUGACAUGUUAUGCUUACUUUGUUAUUGACACUUAAGGAUGCUGUUACAAUACUAGAUAUAAAUUUAUCUACAUUGGAGAGAUUUAUUUGAGUUUAAUUCAAAUUCCUAUUGGCGAUGUAAGGGGUACAGUAAUUUUCUGUUUCACAUUAUCUUUACACAUGCAAUAAUCUCCAAGCAUAAAAAAAUUAAUAGUAACAGACUUUAUCUUGAUGUUUUUGUCCUGAUUAAUUAUCCCAUGUGUUUAUUAUGUCUUUGUUCUUAUCGUUAUUGAUUAUGGGCAGCUAAGUGGUGCCUCAUAAUAUUCCAGGUGCAGGAGUCUGUGUUUGGUGUAACACCUGUAUUUGAAUGAGCCUGGCAGAUUUUACACCUGUCACGUGUGAUUAUAGAUUGUGCAAUAUCUUAUUUUGACCUUUUGUGGAGUACUAGAGACAGACUACUGGUACAAUUUAUAAUAUAAUUCAAACCCAGCCUAUACAGUAGUGGCAUAUUCUCUAGCAGAGUACAGCACAGUUUUUGAUUGUCUUUCACUUAGUCCACCUAAGCCAAAAUCGCCAGUUGGCAUUUGCCCACACUGGACCCAUGGCAAGCAAAUAUCACAGAAUAAUUGAAUUUUAAGUUGCUCAUCUUAUAAAGCAGUCUGUGCACAAUGUGUGAACUGCUUUGCUUGAGGUGCCUUGCCUUUUUAUGAACUUA